AUGGGCCACCAGUCAUUGGAUGGCGCUGCUGCUCUGCGGCGCGCGGCCGCUGCAUUUCCUUUCUACGGCCCCUUCCUUGCGCUGCUGCUCUGCGGCGCGCGGCUCGCGCAGAGCAUCGCCGCGGCGAGGAGUGCGGAGGCGAGCAUCGCCGCGGCGAGGGGUGCGGAGGGGGGCGGCGGACGCGGGCUCGCGCCGCCGCAGGGCGGAGUGCGCGGCACGAAGGCGGUGCGUAGCGGUCAAGGUCCGGGCGCCGCCUCAUGGGGCCUCCUCGUCCUGUCGGACGCUCCCGCGGUGCCAGCUCUUGCCGCUCGGCUCCCAGCCCUUGCCGGGCGCGUCGUCGACACGGCGGGCGCCGGGCAGCUGGGACACUCCUCCUUUGGCCGCUCGUGCUCGUCCGACCGGGGCUGCUCGCGCGGACCCGACCCCGGCGGCGCCUGGACGCGGUCGCUGGUCGACUUUUACCUUGCGGGCGCGGCGGACGGUUUCGUCAAGGGUCUCUUCACGUCCUUCCUCUUCGCGACGAUGCGCCGCAACUUGCUCUGCUGUGAGCCGGGCGCGUUUGUUCAGUGGAUGGCGUGGUACAACCUCAGCCGCACGCACCGCGACCACCCGAUGAAGGACCGCGCCUUCAUGGACGCCCUCGCGCGCACGAGCUGGGCGGACGAGAAGCCGGUCUUCGCCGCCGCCUCCAGUGCGGACGAGUCGAGCGGAUGAACGGGCAGGCACCCGCGCUUGGAUGCGCUUCAGAGACUUUAAAAUCUCUGACACGAACUGGGUUCUCUUCUUUCUCGGUUCCGUUGGCCUCCUAG